AUGAAGCCCGCGGGCGCUGGCGACGAGGAGGACGUGCAGGUGCUGGUGGAGCGGCCCUACUCCUUCUCCCACUCCGAUGACCACCAGCAGCAGGUGAUCAGGGCACGGCCCUACUACCGGCGCUGGUCGCCGUGGCUCGUCUCCGGCGCCACCGUGGCCUGCGUCGCCAUCUUCCUCGUCACCAUGUACGUCAACGACUGCCCCAGGCACAACUCCAACUGCACCGCCGGAUUCCUCGGCCGCUUGGCCUUCCAGCCGCUCCGCGAGAACCCGCUCCUCGGACCCUCCUCCGCCACCCGGCUUUAA